AUGUUUGAGCCAGCAGCCAUUCCCACUGCUGGCUGCCCCCAGCAGCGAGUGCGCCUGCCCUUCUGCUGGGCAGCCCUCAGCCUGGGUCUCCUCUCCCUGACACUCCUGCUGGCACAGAUCAUCCUUGUCAGCCUGAGUUUCCAGUAUUUAGUGCAACAACAGACAAGCUGCACAGACGGUCUCUGGAGAAUGGAGGAGAGCCCCAGCUAUGGGAAACAGACACUGGGAGGGCAGUGCCAGUUUUGCCCGGUUGGCUGGCUCUGGGAUGCGGGGCAGUGCUACUACUUCUCCUCUGCCAGAAAGAGCUGGGAGCAGAGCAGAGAGGACUGCUGCUCCUGAGGGGCACAGCUGGUCACCAUCCAAGCCAACAGCACCCUGGCGUUCCUGGUGCGCACAGCUAACAUGGACGCCUUCCACGUGGGGCUGAAGCAGGAUGGCUUCAGGUCUGACUGGAAGUGGCUGGAUGGCACCACGCUGGAAUGGAUCUUCCCAGUCCAGCGCUACACUAGGUCCUUCCAGGCUUGUGGCAGGGUGUCAGGCUUGGGACUUUUAGGUGGUGCCUGCACAGACGCCCUCAGAUGGGUCUGCAAGCAGAGUGCAGCCACCGUGCAGUGGCUCCAGUCCUCGCCUCCUGCCUUCUUCUGGGGAAACACCACCUACAGCUGCGUGAGGCCCUGAUGGCCAGGGUGACCCCCAGCCUGUGCCACCACCCCGUUCCCUGCCUGAUCCCAGGGCAUGGGCAUUCCCAGGCUCCGCUGCUUCCCGGCACAGACUUCUUUACCCUCCAGAACUCUGC